CUUCUUCCGUCUGUCAGUUCUUGGAUUGUUUGGCAGCAAAUUAGACAUGAACGAAGAGAACUUCUGGGGCGACGAGAAUUUCUUGAAGGAAGUCAUCGAAUUCGAACAGCUUGUUUUAUCUUCCUGUACUCAGAACGCAAACCAAAUUCAAACUCAAAACCACCACCACCCUCCGUGUUCCUCCAACUCUCCGCCACCGCAACAACGUCACCAGCUGCUUUUUCCGGCGCCUCCUCCCACCGAUUCGUUAAGGUACUCGCCUCCUCGAGAACUUUCGCAGAGAACUGCCGAUUUCGGUUCCGCUUUAACGGAGCAUCCUGUCAAUGGUGUUUUUGCUCAGUGUCCUGCACCUUCCACUCCGACUCGGCGCGCUCGCGCCUCCGAUCAAUGUGAAAUUCCUGUUGCUGCUCAUCAAGGGGCUCCUCAAGACUUCCACAAUGCAAAUGCUUUGGAUGAUAAUAUAGCCAAGUCAAGCUGUAAGGCUGCUGCAGUUCAGGCGGACCUACAUACUAGUCUUGAUCUUUCUAAGAAGUUGCAGGGCAUCUGGACCCCUCCAAGUGACAACUUUGGACGAAGUAUGAUGUCAAAGUUGUUUGUAGAUUGUCCAUCAGAUUUUAAUGCUCUUUUUGGGUUCAUGAGUGGAUUCAUGAAUUCGUCUUGCAAGAUGGUGUCCUGCCUGGCAGUUGAGGGCUCUUCUGAUGCUUCAAAAGUAUCUAGUCUUUACUCUGUUGUGACAAAGAUCAGCAAUGGAAUGAUGCCCUUAGAGACUUUAUUUGAACCAUUGUUUGAUCUUUGCGGGGUGGAAAAUGAUGUUAUUGCUUAUAAAUCUCUCCAUUUACUCCAUGUCCUGUUGAAGCACCUCUUAACUUUUGAAAGGAAAUCCGAAGGAAGUUGUGAAGAAUCUGUAAGGCUUGAGGCUGUAUCAAUCAUGAAUGUGAUUUUGAUGAGAAGUGAUGUUUAUACAGAGAGAGAAAAGUUUGGUCAGAUUCUGGUGUUUGAAACUAUUUCUCCACUGCUGAAAAAGGAAGUUGGGUCACAUGUGCAAAAGGAAAUUGUGCAACUUCUUUACCUGCGUUUAAAUUGUCCCAAAUUGUUGGUCACAUUCUGCUCUGAAUGUUCUUGGGGGGAGAGCGUCAGUGCUGCUAAUGAUAACCAUCAAAGUAAUUCAUCUUUCAAAGUAUUCAGUAUGGUCCUAGAGGGUUUGGCUGAUUGUAUAGCUUGCUGCCGUAAUGGUUUACUGGACUUGGAACUUCAAAGAAAUGCUAUCAUUUUACUGGCAUUCAUAGCCUCAUCUGGAAAAUCUGGCUUCAACAUUCUAGUGAAUCACCAGCUAUCUAGAGAGGCAACUUUUCUGAUGCUCAUCUUGCAACUAAUUGUCUCAGAGAUAGACAUUGAAGCAACAGUCUGUACAAAAUCUGAUGAAACUUUUCGAGCCAGGUAAGUGAAAAGUGGUAUUUUUGUAUGGAAGGACCAAUUUGGGGCCAAAUUAAUAAAUAGUAGGGACCAAA